AUGACAUCCAUCCCGACCCCCACCCACUGCGUCGCAGACUUCUGCCUCAUCCCAAUCGGAACCUCCUCCCCCUCCGUCUCCGCCCAGAUCGCCGACGUCCAGCGACUGAUCGAGUCCUCCGGUGUGAAAUACGUCAUGCACUCUGCCGGAACCACUAUCGAAGGAACCUGGGAUCGCGUUCUCCAGGUUAUCGGCCAGGCACAUACCAUCCUGCAUCAGCAGGGGAUUGUGCGCAUUCAGACGGAUAUUCGGGUUGGGUCGAGAAUCGACAAGGAACAGUCCUUCCAGGAUAAGGUGGACAAAGUGCGUGAGUUACUGGGUCGGGAGGAGUAG